UUCAAGGUUUUUGUUAUGAUCGCGGAGCUCAGGGACGGACGCACAGGGUUAUUUUAUUUAUCGUCCGAUAUUUGAUAUCGUAACUUUGGAAAAUCUGAGACUGUACUGACCAGAGAAGUUCUGUUGCUCUCCUGAUUAAAAAUGAGUGGGGAAAAUCGUCAGAAGUCGUCUCCGAAGGUUGAACUUCACAUACACUUAGACGGCGCAGUGAGAGCAUCCACUGUGUGGGAACUUGCAAAGAAACGUGGGGUUGAAGUGCCGGGCUCCAACCCGGAGGAACUAGCUCAUAUCAUCAGCAGCUAUGAAAGGGGGGACCUCUUCAGUUUUCUGAAAGCCUUCGGAAUCUUCACACCAACUAUUGUUGCUGACAAAGAUGCAAUUCGACGCAUCGCCUACGAGCUCUGUGAGGACAAAGCAAAUGAGGGUGUAGUCUAUCUUGAGAUGCGUAUCAGUCCGCAUCUUCUGGCUAACGCGGAGACGAGUUGGUAUCAAGAUAAAGUCAAGGAUGUUCUCUCAACGCGGGAGGUGAUGGCAAGUAUCGUGGAAGGACUAGAAGUGGGGCAGAGAGAUUUUAACAUCAAAGUCCGAUUGAUUGUCAGUACAACUAAACAAAAACCAGAAUGGGCUGCUGAGUGUCUCCAACUUUGCAAGGAAUUCAGCCCCAUGACAGUUGCCAUGGAUAUCGGAGGAAUAGAAAACAUGCCGCUGGAUCCUGCAAUAAUUAAAGCUUUCCAAGAGGCAGAGCGUUGUGGCAUUCAUCGCACCAUACACGCUGGAGAGGACGGCCCAACUAGCGCUGGUAAUGUCAAAGAAGCAAUCGAGUUACUCAAAGCUGAGAGAAUUGGGCAUGGGUACCAUGUGCUUCAAGAUGAGAGUAUCUAUCAGAUGGUCAAAGACCUGGACAUUCAUCUUGAAGUUUGUCCAACAUCCAGCGUCUACACAGGGUCAUGUGACCCCGACUACAGCAAACAUCCAGGUGUUAGGUUUACCAAAGACAAAAUCAACUUUUCUCUGAACACGGACGAUCCUUUAGUCUUUCGGAACACCAUCAAUGAUGAGUUUGAGAUUGCAAAGAAGUACUUUGGACUGACGGAUCAAGCAGCUAUCCAAGUUACAUUGAAUGCUGCUCGCUCGGCCUUCCUGCCGGAACAAGAAAAGCUGGAGCUUAUUCAACAAUUGAGGGCGGCAUACAAUCUUACCAAUGAGUGAGUUAAGUGAACUCAUGGUGUUUUAAUAACUACAGGUAUUUAUACAGCGUUUUGAAAAAAGGUCAUAUAUCACUAAAAAGUGUUGAACCAAAUGUUUUCUUUAUUUUUACUGAAAAAAAAUAUGCAUAUGUAAAAGCCCUUAUAAAACAAAACUUAAAACUUAAAAAUAGAAAGUUUGCCAUAGCGUGUAUUUUUUUGGCCAUUGCAUUUUAAUUCAAAAUAUUGCAAGAAAUAUAUAUUUGGAAAGUAGAACUUUGUCAUUUGUAAGUAAUCAUGCAAGAUGGAAUAAUUGAUCAAGUUUUCACACAGAAUGGAAAUAUUCUCAUUUGUAUUUGAAGAGUUAACUCAAAGACUCAGGAAGUUUUACUUAUAUGUACAAAUUAAAUUAAAAUCAGUUGUUGAAUAUAAAGAGGCUGUGACAAUUAAUAUACAAGUUCCAAAGAUGCUGUGGUUAAAACGGCGGGGUCCCAUAAUGCAAAUAAUCAUGUAUUCAGAUUCGUAUUUAGUGCCCAAUGGUGCUAUUAUACUAGUCCCUUCAGGGUGAACAUAUGAACUACUGCCCUCAUGGUAGGUCAAUAAGUUAGUGUAUAUAUUCUUCAUGUUUGUGGUAAAAAUUAAUAAUUUUUUUAUUUCAUCAAAGGUACAGCAUUUGUCAAACUUGUAGUCUUGAUGUGAUGUUAGGAAUCUUUUGCAUAUUACAAAUGUAGCUCUGUAUUAUAUGAAUUUAAUGAGGCUUAUCAAAAAAAAAAAUUCAAUAAAAUGAGCAUUCUCUCUACACGUCUCUGGUGCACUCGUCGUCGCUUGGGUGGCCCCUUGAAAAUGAAAUGCUUCCAAAGAAAUUUCAGAGGGUUUUUUUUACGGCAGUAUCCUUCACAAAUACACAAAAAUGGCACACUUUUUAAUUAAAUUCCUGACCCAACCUUUCAGGUUUAGG